UGAUGACGGAGAGAAGAAGAGCAGCAGGUACUAGUUCGUGCGUUCUUACGAGAAGGAGCAGCACGGAGAGCAAAAGCGAAAGAGCGCUGCGCCAGAACACAGAAGUGGAACACGAGUCGUGUAGAGACGUUCAGCGAGUCCGCGAGCGAAGUUUUUAAGGCGUCACCCACGGCCCGCACAGUGGGAGUGCAAUUGAAAAACAAUAAUAAAAGCUCAUCAGUGAUUUUUAAACUCCUCGAACGUGCCCUGCUGUUUUUUCCUCCCUUCCUGAGAGUUGUGGAUUUUAUGUUAAGCUCUUUUGUUGUGCAUUUUGCUUAAUUAGGGUUGACUUUAAUUAAGCGUGCAGGUUCUCAUGUGACGCGCCGCGCCCUGAUGUAACCCUCAUAUUAGCGGACGUUUUUUUUUGCGCCGUCAUGCUGACAGUCCAUCGGUGUACUGUUUCACUUUUGGGAAUGCCAUCCGACCAGUAAUAGUCGCGCGAUGCCGCACGCACCAUCAUUUCCAUUCAGAAUCACAUUGUCCGAAGGGCGUGUGUAGCACAACGUUUAGCAUCGCAACAGCAACUGAUUCUGUGUAUUUGAAGAUCAGGAGAGCCUGAGAGAGACGGACAGCGCAAUGCAUCCACAGGGGCUUCUCUUCAGACAGUUCUUUGAGAAGGAGAGCAGCACCUAUACAUACCUGCUGGCAGACAAGAAGACCAAGGAGGCAGUUAUUAUUGACCCUGUGCUGGAAACCGUGGAGAGAGACUCCCGACUCAUUCAGCAGCUUCAACUAAAGCUUCUCUAUGCAGUCAACACCCACGUGCAUGCUGAUCAUGUGACCGGUUCCGGCCGCUUGAAAGACGUCUUCCCAGGCUGCAAGAGUGUUCUGUCAGAUGCCAGCGGUGGAAAGGCAGAUCAUUAUGUAGAUGAUGGAGAAGAACUGAGAUUUGGGAACUUUGCUCUAGAAGUCAGGAAAACUCCAGGUCACACAAAUGGCUGCAUCACCUUGGUUCUGUCUAAUGCAAUGGCAUUCACCGGUGAUGCCCUCCUGAUCAGAGGCUGUGGACGGACAGACUUCCAGCAAGGCAGUGCAGACACUCUCUACUAUUCAGUGCAGAACAAGAUUUUCACGCUUCCUGAUGACUGCCUGCUUUAUCCUGGUCAUGACUACACAGGCCAAACAGUUACAACAGUGGAAGAAGAAAAGAAGUUGAACUCCCGCUUGACCAAACCUCUGCCUGAAUUUGUGGAACUGAUGAACAAUCUGAACCUGCCCUACCCCAAACAGAUUGACCGUGCCCUGCCUGCAAAUCUCAUCUGUGGCAUCCAAGACACUUCAAACAAGUGAAUGGAUUUUCCAGAGCAUCCCAUUCUGCUGAAAUGACAAAAACGAAAUCUAUAACCCAGAGCCUCCCCACUCUUCUGGAUUUAAAGCUUAGCUCCUACUCAUAAGAAGCAUUCCGAUUAAGGCGGUCAAGUCGUUAAGAUGGUGUCGUUAAACUGCUAAAUGUCCUAAA